AUGUGCACAGCUUUAUAUGACCAAUUUCCUUUUUUAAGAAAACACAAAUCUUUGUUGGUUAUUUUUGUUUGUUUAAGUUGUUAUCUUUGUGGAUUGGUUAUGUGUACUAGAGCAGGAAUAUUUUAUUUUAAUUUAUUUGAUGAUUAUACUGCUUCUUUUUCAAUGAUGUUGCUUGUUUUGUUAGAAUUAGUUUUGGUUGCACAUAUUUAUGGUUUGUCUAAUUAUGUAAUUGAUUUACAAAUAAUGAUGGGACCUGCCAAAAAUUGGUUAACUAAAAUAUAUGGACCGACUGGAAUUUGUAUACAAAUUAUAUGGAGAUUUAUAGCUCCUUUACUUAUAAUUGUAAAAAAUUGUUAA